UAGUUAAUAGUCUUUUCUAGGUAUUUCUUGCAUUUUGCAAUUUUUAUGCAUUUAAAGUUAUUGUUUUUAUUCACAAAAUGUAUUAAGGGUACUUAGAUAUCCGUGAAGUAUUCUAUUUACUUAAUCAACAUACAAAACAGCGAUCAAAAUACUUCAUGUUCAUGUAAAAAGUGUAUUUAAAUUCAUAACUUAGAGGCAUGAUCAAUUUGUUGUUUAUAUUACUCUUGUAUGCCUCAGGUUCUUGGUAUAUAGUGGCUGAAAACAAUUCUAGAUUUGGGAAAAAUGGUCAAGAAUUACUUUUGUGCCGCAAAUGCGGAGCUGAUGUGGCUGAUUCCUAUUACUUAUUUAGCAAAGAAAGUCCAGGAGCCCAGAAAAUUGAAAAACAGAACUUGUUUGGCAGACAAAAUGUAACAGUUCAAACUUUAGUUAAUCCUUUUGGAAUUAAAUUUGAAAUAGUGACUGCUGAAAAAGCAAGAUGUGAAAACAUAGGAACUAGUCAAGGAGCAGAUUCAUGGUUUCCGGGAUACAUGUGGCGUAUUUGCACAUGCCCUCAUUGUACACAGCACUUGGGGUGGACUUUUGAAAGUUCUAAAUCUACAGAUAGUAAAGGAGAUGAUAAUCAAUCAUUUCAUGGAUUAAUACUAAGUAAUAUUCUUGGAGAAAAUUUUACAGAUUCACUCAUUAUGAUGCCAAAGAUGUAUAAAAUGUAACAAUAUCUACACAAAACACAGUUCUAAUAUUGUUGUCAUUCUAUUGAUUCAAGAAGAUAAAAUGGAACUGAAACGAAACUCGGAAGAAAAAGAAGUUAAAUAAAUGAUAUAUUUUUUAAA